AUGUCUAGUCGCCAACAGAUUGACUCCGUCAUCGACGAUGAUGAUGAGUUUUGGUAUGUCAUGAUCCCAUCUUUUAUAGAGUCCGCGACGGGUGACCCUAACCCACUUCGCAGCCCCCUUUGCAUCGAAGAGUUCGACCUUUCCGACAAGAACUUCAAGCCAUGUCCCUGUGGAUAUCAGAUCUGCCAAUUCUGCUACAACAAUAUCAAAACGCACAGCGAAGAGGGUCGAUGCCCGAACUGCCGCCGUCCUUAUGAUGAUAGCACGAUUCAAUACAAGAUUCCUGAUGCGGAGGAGUUCAAAGCCGACCUGGCCUUGAAGUCCCGCAAGGCAGCGGCAGCCAAAAAGAAGGAAGCUGAGAGGCGUGAGAUAGAGGCUUCCAGCAGGAAGAACUUGGCAGGUGUUCGUGUUGUGCAGAAGAACCUGGUUUACGUCAUAGGCCUUAACCCGACAAUCCGUGACGAGAACCAGUUGUUGCAAACGCUUCGAGGCAAGGAAUAUUUUGGACAAUAUGGCGAAAUUGAGAAGAUCGUGGUCAGCAAAGCUAAGCCCGGGGGUAAUCCGCACCAGGGGAUUGGCGUUUAUGUCACAUUUUCUCGCAAGUUCGAUGCUGCGAGCUGCAUCACGGCCGUGGAUGGUUCUUCUAACGGCGAUCGUGUUCUGAGGGCUCAGUAUGGGACAACCAAGUACUGCUCCUCUUUCCUUCGGAAUGAACCGUGUAACAACCGCAAUUGCACGUUCUUGCAUGAGACUGGCGAGGAUAGCGAGAGUUACAGCCGCUCCGAUCUUUCAUCCAUGAAUACCUUGUCCAGCCAGCGCCAGCACCAGCCGAAUAUCCCUCAACCUCGCCCUAUUCAGCCAAUCACCCACACAAUGCGCCGGCAACCGAGCAAGGACGACUCCCUCAGCGGGCGCUCAGUUGUCCCCGAUGGGCCCGCGCUUCCCUCAUCUGCCAGCUGGGCGAAUAAGGAUCCCGCCAUGAGAGCCCGACGAGCCAGUUUAACCGGUAGCCAGGCGUCUCAGAGCCCCCGCCCUGCUAGCGUCUCCGUCGCGAUCGCCGCCGAGGAACCCAAGCGAGUCGAGAAACCUUCGCCUAUUGUCCAGCCAGCGCAGCGAGCAUCAUCCCAGUCUGAUACACGGUCACCAAUUGCCCAACCCGAGCCUCCCAAGAAGCCUCUUAUCGAAACACCAAGCCCAUUCGAUACCUUGAUCCAGGAUAUGAUGUCUCCGGAGUUCCGAUUCGUAUUUUCGGCCUCUGACCUCCCAGUGGAUGAACUGAAACAUAUCCAGAAUUACCCCUCUUUUAUCGAUCCUUAUGGCGGUGUGAAGCGCCGUGCUAUGCGUGAAAAGGCAGAUAAGGAGCGUGCUAGUCGCGAGAGUGAGCUUGCACAAACCGCCCAAACCGCAGCAGCAGAAGAGGAAAGUAGGGAGGCAAGUAGGGAGGCUGGCAGCCUACAGCUUGGUGGAGAGCCAGAAGAUGCUAACCCUCCUCGUGGUCGUCAAACCCGUGAGUCCCAUGGUGCUAUUCAACCUCCAUCCCAGCAAGGCACAGCCGAUAACUCUACUGUUGGAUCUCCCGUUUCAGCCACAAGCCAUCAGUUCCAUGGACUCAACCUGGCUGGACGUAGCUUGACUCCCCUCCAGCAGCAGCAGUUGAUGCUCCUCAAGUCAGCAGGCAACCAGCAGGCUGGUUUGUCGGAUCCUCUGAGCUCUGCCGCUCUGGACCAAGCUGCACAGGUCCGCCAAGGUGUUUUGCAGAACCAAAUGGCAGCCCAAUAUGCACUUCAAGCCCAAGGCAGGCAAUCCUCUCGCUUUGCCUUUACCAGUGAUGUCAACACAAAGAAUAUCAGCAAUGCCCGAAUGUUGAGCCAGAUGCAGCAGCCUGGCACCCCGAAUCCACUCUCAGCACCGAGCCCUCAGCAUGGUGGCUUUUACGCGAGCGGUGUUCAGGGUCCCCCUCCCGGUUUGAAGACAGCCGGAACUCCUCCCAUUAGCGGUGGUGGAAUGUUUGCCCAGGGCCACGGUUUUACUGCAAACACCAACGUCGGACUGGGAUCCAAUGUUGGAAAGCACGAUGCGACGCCAGAAUCGAUGCGUGAAUUAUUACGGGGGCGAAGUGGUACGAAUAUUGGUGGUGUGCAAGCCCAGGAGGCCGCAAAGCGUGAGUUCAUGUUCCCUUUCCUUCAACAGCACCAAACCCCACCUCCCCUGACUCCCGUCAAUGGCCUUCUCAGCUCUUUCUAUGGGUCCCGGACGGGUACACCACCUGACUCUGGUGGCUCACAGAAGCAGAAGAAGAAGGGAAAGAAGCACAGACACGCUAACACUUCCUCCGGCGGAGGUGGUGUAGUAGAUCUUGCAGACCCGAGCAUUUUACAGGCGAGAAUGCACCAAGUCGGUGCCAAUGCUACUGCUGGACAAGCGUUGUAUGGGAGUCAGGGCCAAGGUGGGUACAACCCCUCGAUGAUGUACGGCGGUGGGCUGAGCCGCUGGUGA